AUGAGCGAGGAGCAGCCUCGGCCGGCAGUAAAUAUCGUCGCAAUUUUUGGUAGUGCUAAGACAGCCUGGAUCGUCUGCAGGAAUAAUUUCGCUGCUGCUGCGGAAGGCGCAGCUCGAUUGGUUCUUCCUAGUCGGGUAGAAAUGUUGACACUGAUUAUUAUUCGCCUAAAAGAUCGGCCACUUGGUCCGUCUGGAGCUCCGCCUCGCUCCAGCUGGGUUCAGCUUACAACAAAAAUUGAAUACAUAAUUAAUUGA